AUGCUGGUAUUUGCAUUACUGGUAUUCACCGUCUUUGCUGGGAAUGGUAAUGAUGUUAUAGGGCAAUUGCUGUUAGUACCAUACCCACAGAAAGUUGAAGCCAAUAUUGGGUCGGCUGACUCUAUUCAUAUCACUCCAGAGAUAACACUGAAUAUACCCGAUGUCUGUAAAACCAACGAAAGGUGCAAGACAUUUGUCGACAACAUAUUCAAUCAUAGUGUGACGUUCCCACUUAGCCGAAUUCAAAAUUUGGAGGACUUCAGACUUUCUUUACACGCUGCAAUUGAUAUCCCACACAUCACACCAAUUGAUCCAACUGAUAUUACAACAAUUGACUUGCAAUUUACUUCGGAAACUGCCGAAGAAAUUCGACCUGUUUUAAAAAUUGGAGUUGACGAGAGUUACACCCUUUCUGUGACUAAGGAAACGAUUUCUAUCAGUGUAAAGACGGUGUUUGGUCUUCGACAUGCCUUUGAGACAUUUAUUCAAUUAGUGAGAAUGUCAGACAAAAAGACGUAUAUUUCACAACUUCCCAUCACUAUAUCAGACUUCCCUCGAUUCAAGUGGAGAGGGUUACUCGUCGACCCCUCAAGAAAUCAAAUCCUCCCCAAAACCUUUUACAAAAUUGUUGACUCUCUGGCCGCGUUUAAAAUCAAUAUAUUACACUUGCACAUCUCCGACGCACAAACUUUCUUGUUUGAAUCAAAGAAGAAUCCUGAGUUUACUAAAAAGGCGAGCUACUCGAAGAAGUACAUAUUGACACAAAGCUUCCUUAAAGAACUGAUUGAUUACGCCGAGUUGAGGGGUAUCAUAGUAUACCCUGAAUUAGAUAUGCCAGCACACGCUGCAUCAUGGGGCAAGGCAUACCCUGGUGUUGGUGUAGAUUGUUGGGAUUACGCUUCGAAGCCCACGAUGCACUAUGGAGAGAACCUUAUCACGAUGAACCCUGCCGAUGAAAACACGUUCCCCCUCAUCGAGUCUUUAAUAGCCGAACUAUCUGAUGUAUUUACUUCAGACUAUAUUCAUGUGGGCGGUGAUGAAGUGAACCAAAAUUGCUGGAAAAAGUGUAAAGAGUUAAGUGUCAUUAAUGAAUGGAUGACAAAUCACUCAGUUAAAGACUUUACUGGUCUUGAGUCAUACUUCAAUAAGUACUCCCAAGACUGUGUUAUCGCGAACAAAAAGACACCAAUUGUGUGGGAAGAAGUGUUCAAGAACAACAACGCGGACACCACCACAAUUGUACAAGUGUGGCAAAAUGACCCAUUACUCAAACAGGCAGUAGACGCAGGAUAUAACACUAUUUAUUCAUCAGGGUUUUACCAAUCAUCAGGAGACCCCGAUUGUAAAGUGUAUAAUGAAUCAACGUGUUAUGACUUGUACCAUAUGUGGGUGUGGACGUUCAAAGACUUCUAUGCGAAUGAUCCAACAAAGGAAUUCACUGAGGAUGAACUGAGUAAAGUGUAUGGGAUGGAAGGGUGCUCUUGGGGAGAGAGUUGUGACGACCAGAAUUGGUUUGAUAGAUCACAGACAAGAUUCAUGGCGUUGGCAGAGCGAUUUUGGAGCAGUAAAGAGAUGACCGAUGCCGACUCAUUGGAGGUCAGAAUGAAUUAUGUAAGAUGCAUGAAUCUGAGAAGAGGAAUAUCAAAGGGAAUGGGUCCGAUCUAUUGCAACUAUUGCCAACUUCCUGAAGAGGUUGAGUCCCAAUAA